AUGGACCUCAACAACGAAACCUUCCUUGUCACAUUCAGCAACGAUCAAGACUACCUUCAAGCGCUCACUGGCGGUCCGUGGGAGAUCCUGGAUCACUACCUAGUCGUUCAUCAAUGGACGCCGACGUUUCGUACAUCAGAUAAACCCCACCGAUCCGUGGUAGCCUGGGUUCAGCUACCGGAGCUCCCCGUUCAUUUCUACCAUCGGGAGGUCUUAUUCGCUCUCGGUAACCUCAUUGGGCGUACUGUGAAAUUGGAUUAUCAUACAGAGAUGUUACAGAGGGGAAAGUUUGCAAGGAUUGCUGUGGAGCUCGAUAUGACUAGACCAUUGCCAACGAGAAUCCGACUCGACGGCGCCUGGCAACAAAUUUUGUACGAAAACCUCCCUCAAAUUUGUUAUGAGUGUGGACGAAUCGGACACACGGAAGAUAGCUGCCCGACGAAAGUUAAGAUGAUUCAACAAUCUGACAACAUGGCGACGGCGGGGCAACAACCACCGGAAAAUCUGCAACCGGAGCCUCCCGCCGGCUACGGGCCAUGGAUGCAGGUCACGCGGAAGAGUCGGAAGAAUUCCAGGAAAGGGAACGAGAAUCAAGGGCACAAUCAGGGUGUGCAAUCCCACAAAAAUGGCAACUCAAAUUACCGUGGGGAGAAUUCGGGAAAGAGUGACGCCAAUCUCUCAACGGGCUCAAAAGAGAACAAAGGAAAGGCUCCUGCUAAGCAAGAGCAAAAGAAAGGAAAUACCUAG